GGCAGCUCGGCGCCGCCGCCGCCCGAGGCGCAGGGCCUGCCCCCCGCGGGCCUCGCCGCGGCCGCGGGCGGGGGCGGCCUCGGAGGAGUGCACGAGCACCUUCCCGAUAAGCUGCCCCACAUCGUGGUGGCGGCAGCGUCGUCGGCCUCCCUGAAGCCGAUGGCGCUGUCAGCGUCCCUGAAGCGCCGGCAGCUCUACCAGCUCUGGCGCCGGCCGAAGCCCACGGACCGGCCCCACCGCCGCCGGCGCGCCGAGGCCGCCGCGCACCCCCGCCCACAAGAGGCGGCGGCGGGCCCGGGGCCCGCGCAGGCCCCGGAGGGGCCAGCGGCCGCGGCGGCGGCGCCGGAGGAGGAGGCUCCGGAGGAGCCGAGGGGCUUCAAGGAGGAGGCGUCGCAGUCCGAGGCGCUCGAGAUUUUCCAGGGCACUGCCAAGCAGCCCGACCUGCUCGAGCCUCCCUCUGCCGCGGCGCCUCGCAAGAGCGAUAGGGCAGCAGGGUCCGGGCGGCCGUCAGAGAACGAGCCGAAGCCGAAGCCGAGGCCGAGUCGCUUGCCGAACCUGAUGGGCGAGAUAGAGGCCCACCUGGAGAGGUCGGAGGCCGUGCCUCCCGCGGACGAGGCGGGCUGGCUGCAGGAGACCGCGCGGCUCACCAGCUUCGCCCAGGAGAUACGCGUGCUGCUGGAGGAGGCGGCGGAGGACAAGGGGGGGAAGCUGAAGAUCCCGAGGGAGUCCAUCCCGAAGCGCGAGAUGUCUGUGCACCGCGGCGACAAGGACCUGCAGUGGGCGCGGCAGAAGCUGCGGAACUGCGAGGAAGAGCACGAGCGGCUGUCGCAGCUGCUGGAGGACCCGGAGCAGGAGCAUCUGAAGGAACUGCGCGCGCUGGAGCGGGACAUCGACGCCGAGAACAAGCGCCAGAAGCAGCUGGCGGCGGAGAACCGCCAGAGGGAGCGCACCCUCGCCAAGGCGGCCGCCGACGAGAUCGAGGCGGACGGCGACGCCCGCGCCCUGAUGCAGGUCGAGCGGCUGGACGCGGAGCUGCAGGUGUGGCGGACGAAGAACGCCUCGCUCGAGAAGCAGGUGCAGCAGGCCGCGGCGGCGCUGCAGAAGGCCAGGGAGGACCACAAGGCCGUCGGCGCGAAGCUGCGGCAGGUGGAGGAGCAGCUCGGCGGCGAGGACGCGCGGCAGAGGCUGGCAGAGCAGCGGCGGAUUAGCGAGGAGGAGAACGGGCGCAAGGAGGCCGAGGAGGCGUCCCUGCAGGCGAGCAUCGCGAGGCUCCAGGAGUCCAGGAAGAGCGCCGCGAGGAGCCACGAGAGGCACGCCAAGGACGCUGCCCGGCGGCUCGGGGGCGUGGAGGCGCAGAAGGCCGAGCUGGAGGCCAGGCUUGCCGAGCUGGACAGGCUGGAGCGGCAGCUGAGGAGGCAGCAGCCUGCACCUCGCCGGACCCGCCGCUCGACCGGCAAGAGCCAGCCCCAGCGGGAGGCCGCCGAGGCCAAGCGGACGGAGGAGGAGCGGGAUGUCCUGGCCGAGUUCUUGUCUUACAUGGUCGGCAAGCACGGCGACGUCGUCCGCGCCUGGCGCAAGUCCUUGGACGUCGACGGCGACGGCCGCCUCAGAUUCCAGGAGUUCGUCGGCGGCUGCAAGAAUGCUGGCUACAGGGACAAGCUGAAGACGCUCUGGAGCGCGCUGGACAUCCAGGGGAAGGGCUUUAUCGAGCUCAUCGACCUGGACCCUGUGGCAGGGCGGAAGUUGGACGACUUCCGCGACUUUCUGGAAGAGAGCUACUGGACGCUCGAGGAUGCGUGGGAACGCGUCUUCGACUGUAACGGGUCCAGCAGGUGUACCGAGGACGAUUUCGUCGCUGCGUGUGAGCGCAUCGGCUGGCCAGGAGACGCCCCGCAGAUGUUCGGCUGGCUGGACUUGAGUGGCACGAACCUCACAGUGGACGAGAUGAAUAUCAUUGGCAUGAGGCGGCGAAAGGAACCCAUCGUGUCCGCCAAGGAUCGGAUCCGCGAGCGUCAUUCCAAGGACGUCGAGCAGGCGGACGCUAUGGUGCAGAAGUUCAGGGACUUCCUGAAGAAGCGCUACGGCAAUCUCGAGCGGGCCUGGCGCACUUGCCUCGACCCUGAUGGCGACGGCAGGCUGCAGUUCACCGAGUUCUGCGCGAGGUGCCGCGAGCUUGGCUUCCAGGGGAAUUUAAAGGCGCUGUGGCUGUCGCUGGACCAGAAGGGCACAGGGUACGUGUCGCUCGACGAGCUCGACCCCGAGUUCCGCGCCGCGUCGGAGUCUCGGGCCGCCCUGGCCAUCCAGAAGCGCUUCCGCGGGAAGCUGGCGCGCGCCACCUCGGUGGCGGCGCAGCUGCAGGGCGCCGCAGCAACACCGAAGACAAGACACAGCAGGAGGGAGGAUGAUCAGAAGAAGGCAUUGGCCGACUUCUUGUCCUUCCUUGUCAGUAACUUCGGCGACGUCGUCCGCGCUUGGCGCAAGACCUUGGACCUCGAUGGGAACGGCCGGCUCCAAUUUCAGGAGUUCCUCGCUGGUUGUAAGAAGGCGGGCUACAGGGACGACCUGAAGACGAUCUGGAAAUCCUUGGACUGCAAGGGGAAGGGCUUCGUUGAGCUCAUCGACCUGGACGCCGACGCAGGGCAGAAAUUGAACGACUUCCGCGACUUCCUGGAGGAGAACUACCAGACCCUCGAGGAUGUGUGGGAACGCGUCUUCGACAGCAACGGAUCCGGCAGGUGCACCAAGGACGACUUCGUCGCCUCGUGUGCGCGCAUCGGUUGGCCAGGCAACGCCUUGCAGAUGUUCGGCUGGCUGGACUUGAGCGGCACGAACAUCACUCUGGACGAGAUGGAUCUCAUCGGGAUGAGCCGGCGCGCGAAGGCAGUGAUGUCCGCCAAGGAGAGGGUACUCGAGCGGCAGGCCAAGGACGCCGAGCAGGCGGCCGCCAUGCUGCAGAAGUUCCGGGAUUACCUGAGGAAGCGCUACGGCAGCCUCGUGAAGGCCUGGCGAACGUACCUCGACCCUGACGGCGACGGCAAGCUGCAAUUCACCGAGUUCUGCGCGAAGUGCCGCGAGAUGGGCUUCCAGGGGAACCUGAAGGCGCUGUGGCUGUCGCUGGACGAGGACGGCACGGGGUACGUGUCGCUCGACGAGCUCGACCCCGAGUUCCGCACCAGCGGCGCCGCACCAGCGGCGGGCGCCGGACACCCCGAGGUCGGAGCCCAGGCUGGCGCCGCCGCAGCAGCGGGCGACGGCGGCGGGGAGGAGCCCACGAGCGCCGACAAGGAGCCCGCCGAGGAGCCCGCGAGCUCCGCGAGGCGCUCGGCGUCUGGAGCUCGCCGGCCCUCGUCCGCCGAAACGCGGCGGACGUCGAGGACGUCGUCGCAGGGCGAGCGAGCUGCUCCAGAGCCGAGCAGCGCCCGCCAGCCGAGGCCGUCUUUUCUGAGCCGGCCCAGCCUGCUGGCCACCCCCCGCACCUCAGCCCCGGAGAAGCGUCGGCAGUCGAGCACCCUGGCGCCGCCGGAUCCAGGGCAGGGCCGGCGGAGUUCCAGGGAGCCCGACGAGUCCAAAGGCACCAGGAGCUCCAGGGGCUCGGAGACGGCGCGGCCGCCGCCCGCCGCAGCGCCAGCGCCCCCGAGGGACACCCCGAGGCCCAGCGGAGCGCCACCCCCGCGGGCCAGCUUCGUCGGACCCCUCGAGCCGGUGCUGCGGACUCCGAGGCGCAGCGUCCUGGGGCAGCAGCUGCAGCCCCUGCCGGACGCGGCCGGCCCCGCCGCGGAGCAGGCGCCCCGGGCGGCGGCGAGCGCGCUGCUGGCGCCGCCCGCCCCGGGCGCGGGGGCCUCGGCGAGGGCCUCGGGGAGCGGGGCGUCCCUGCUGCCGCCGGCAGCGGCCGCGGGCUCGAGCUCGAGGGCGUCGGCGCGGGCCUCGAAGAGCCCGAGGGCCUCGGCCCGGGAGGGCGCGCCGCCGCCCAGUACUCCGAGGACCUCGGCCCGCCCGGGCGACGGCGCGCCGCCGCCCAGCACGCCGAGGACCUCGGCCCGUCCCGGCGACGGGGCGCCGCCUGGUCCGAAGGCCUCUGCCCGCGAAAGCUAUCGGCCUCCCGUGGACGCGGGGCCGAAGGUGGACAGCAAGGGCAAGGUGAAGCGCGGGGCCGGGCGCGCCAACAUUUUCUCCGUCGGCGGGAGCAAGCCGAAAGCAGCGCCCAAGCCAGCGGCAGCGGCGAAGAAGUAGCGGCUCGCACAUGGACGGGUUGGCUCUCGUUGCUCGGCAA